UUCCAUACUCCUCUGGAGUAGCUGAGGAUCCUUCAUUCUCAUUUCUCCUCCUGUUUUACCACCUUCUACAUCAGCUCUCCCACCUGGAAGUGCUGCCAUGAGACGAUAUUUCUCUGGAUAUGGGGACAGGAGUUUCAGUUCUUCUUCUGCUCACUGUGGGACCUUGGGUGGUGGAGAUGGGAGAUUCGGAGGGUUUGGGCAUGGGUAUGGCAGCAGGAGCCUCCACAACCUUGGAGGGUUCAGGAAUGUCUAUACUCAUGGAGGCUACGGAGGAGAAGGAGUAAGAUAUGGGAGAUGCCUUGGGUUUGGUGGCUGGAGACAGCCUGAGAGGGGCUUUGGCGGAAGAGGAUAUUUUGUGGGAGGUUUUCAAAGUGGUGGAACAGGGCUUGGUGGCACCUACAGAGGAGGUUCAGGCAGGGAGGUACUCGGAGGAGGCCUUGGCAUAGGGGUACAAGGGGCUGGGCAGGGACUGGGGCAGGCUGGAGUUCUCCGAGGCAUUGAGGAGGUCCAUGUGGACACCAACUUGCUGAGGCCAAUACGGCUCCAGGUGGACCCCGAGUUCCAGCGAGUGUGCUCGGAUGAGAGGGAGCAGAUCAAAGCUCUCAACAACAAAUUUGCUUCAUUCAUCGAGAAGGUUCAGUGUCUGGAGCGGCAGAAUCAAGCACUCUUGGCCAAGUGGGAACUUCUGCAGCAGCAAAGCUCUGGCCCUGAGGAGAGCAGGAACAUCAACAGCUUCUUCCAGGCCUACAUCUCCAACCUGCAGCGGCAGCUCGAGACGCUCCAGAGCCAGAAGGAGCAGCUGGAUCCUGAGGCCUACAACAUGCUCCAGCUUGUUGAGGAUUAUAAAAACAGAUUCGAGGAUGAGAUCAACAAACGCACAUCCAAGGAGGAGGAGUUUGUGGAGCUUAAAAAGGAACUGGAUAGUGCCUACAUGGGAAAAAUGGAGUUUGACAUCCGAGCGGAUAUCCUGAGGCAGGAGCUGGAGUUCCUCCGGUGUUUAUAUGAAGCUGAGCUGUCCCAGCUGCAAACGGUUGCUGGGAACGUUGAUGUUGUUCUGUCCAUGGACAACCACAGGGACUUGAACAUGGAUGGGAUCAUCGAGGAGGUCAGGCGGGAAUACGAGGGGAUAGCCCACAGGAGCACGGCUGAAGUGGAUGCCAUGUACCGGGGCAGGUACCAGGACCUGCAGAACAUGUGGGUGAGUCAACAAGAGCAGCUGAGGAACAGUCACCAGGAAAUCCAGGAACUUGCCAGGCGCAUCCAAAGACUCCAACCAGAGAUUGAAAUCGCAAGGAAAAGGAAUUCCAGCCUCCAGGACUCCAUUAAAGAUGCUGAGCACCGUGGGAGCUCGGCCGUCAGGGAUGGCCAGGAAAAGCUAGAGGAGCUGGAAAAUGCCCUCCAACAGGCCAAGGAUGACCUUUCUCAGCUUGUCCGUGAUUACCAGGAGCUCCUGAAUGUGAAGCUGGGCCUGGACAUUGAGAUCGCCAUGUAUCGCUCACUCCUUGAGGAGGAGGAGAACAGGAUCCAGGAAGGAUCACCGGCCACGAUAUGUGUCAUUGACCACAAUGCCAGAGCUUCUGGAGUCUUUGGAGGCAUAAAAAGUGGGAAGGGGAUAAUGAGUUCUGGUGGUAGCAGUGGGAGCAGAACGAAAGGGCCAGUCACUGGAGGAGGAAAAGGUGGAAGCUCUGGAGGAGGUGGAUCCAGCUUAGGUGGAGGUGGUUCCAUCUCUGGUGGUGGAAAAGGCUCAGGAUCUGGAGGAGGGAGAAGCUCAGGCAGUGGAGGCUCCAUGUCCAAGGGAGGCUCCAGCUCCGGAGGGUGGGGAUCCAGCUCUGGUGGUGGUGGGUCCAUGUCCAAGGGUGGCAGCAGC